CGAAAAAAAGUGAACCCCGCGCUUCAGCUAUCAUCUAAUAUCAGGCGUUGUCUACGGAUAUACCAGGUUUUCAAUUGCCACUAACAAGAUACAGCUACGUCUGAUACUGCUCUCAAAAUGAAGAACAUUCAGCGUCUCGAACUGCCGGCUGCGGCUGACAUGCAUGUCCAUUUACGUCAGGGCGAUAUGAUGGACUUGGUUGUUCCAACGGUUCGCCAAGGAGGAGUCGAUACGGUAUUCGUUAUGCCUAAUCUCGUAUGUCGUGUCUUGUAGUGAUACUGUUAAAAACUCAUAAUUGUCCAAUGGUUUGUAUACAUGACAGCUGACCCAUGCCACGCAUAGUUGCCUCCUCUUACUGCCGUCGAGCAGGUUCUCGAGUACAAGGCCAAGCUCACUGCCAUCUCCCAAGAUGUCAACUUCCUCAUGUCACUCUAUCUUCACCCUUCAGUCACUCCUGAAGUGAUAGCCAAAGCUGCCGAGGCUGGUGUAACCGGUGUCAAGUUGUACCCUCAGGGUGUAACCACCAACUCUGAGAGUGGUGUUUCGGAUAUCACAGCCUUCUAUGAUACCUUUGCCGCAAUGGAAAAGCAUGGAAUUGUCCUGAACAUACACGGAGAAGUCCUCGAGUCUCUUGCGCCGGCCGACACAACCCUCGAGGAGGCUUUCCUCCCAACCCUAAAGCAGCUCCAUGACCGAUUCCCUCAGCUACGCAUCGUGCUUGAGCACUGCACUACCUCCGCUGCUGUGGAGGCUGUCAAGGCCUGUGGCCCAACUGUAGGCGCUACCAUCACCGCUCAUCACCUCUACCUCACUUCUCACGAGGCCUGUUGCGAUCCUUUCGCCUUCUGCAAACCCAUUCCUAAGAAACCAACCGACAGAGAUGCCCUGAUCAAGGCUAUUGUCAGUGGCAACUCCAAGUUCUUUUUCGGUAGCGACAGCGCUCCCCACCCCCUGCAGUCCAAGACCUCUGCUGAGCAGGGUAAGGCGCCUGCUGGCGUUUUCACUCAGCCCUACGUCGUGCAACUUGUCCUCCUUGGUCUCGAGGAAGCUAUCGAGCGUGGCGUCAUCUCGGAAGCUGAUGUGACACAAGAGAUACUCGAGAACUUCCUCAGUCGUAACGGACGUCGCUUCUAUAAGUUACCCGAUACCUCUGGUAAGAAGAUUAUCCUAGAGCGCAAGGGUGACAAGAUCCCCACUAGCAUCAAGAGUGCGGACAGCAAGACUGAAGUUGGUAUCUCGCGACAUGGAGCUGAGGUAUUCAGUUUGACGUGGGCUUGAGUUAUGGCUAACGAUUGAAAGCGGGGUGAGGUGUAAGGUUACGCAGAACUAUAAAUCAAGGUGUCAAAAAGCAAAGUGUGCUAUUCAAACAACGUUUCAUGUUUCGCCAGGACCAGUUAAGAUGCAAUGCCGUGCUACGAAUAGAGCAGGUAUGAAUGUAACGUACACUGACAGCCAUAACUCCAUGCUAUGCCCUCAAGUUUCAUAUAACCCAAGCGGACAUAAGGGGUAUUUGAUAUAAAAAGCAGCCCUUUAUCUAGAUUCUUCAUCCCUUCCCCAAACAUUGCGGAAUUCGUCCUGGUCUAUUCCAUAAUCGGAUUGGUAAUUGGAUGCUGCGUGGGUUUCUUGCUGAUUUCGAUCGUCGCUCCAGGCUCUAGAUUCUUCAUUUUUGGGACUCUCGUGUCCAUCGUGCCCACCAACUUGAGCGGUUUCUGCAGGAGCGGGAGGCCCCUUGUUCAGGCCCAGUUCGCCUGGGUCUGGUUCGGCAUGCUUGACAACUUUCCUUGGUUUCUUUUUCUUCUUAAUCGGGACAACAGCUUCAGGUUGAGGCUCCAGCUGGGGCUGGGAAUCACGUCCAUGUCCUCUACUCCUUUGCUUCCCUUUGUUUGUUGCGGGAGGAUACUCUGUUGCCGGCGACCUCACGGACGGGCUGGCAUAAGCUGAAGACCUCGUACCAAAGCUGCCAGGAGAACGGUAUCGUUCCCUCAGCGGUUCACUGGCGGUAAUGACUGGGUACUGUCUCAUAUUAGCGGCAUAAUUGCAUGGUGACCAAUCACGCUUACAUUCCAAUCGCCAUACUCCAAUUGGCGUGCUUGCUCGUACAGUCGAUCCUCAUCAGCAUCUAUCUCGGGUUCCUCGAAGGUGCCGUGUAUGUUUUCGUUGAUCUGAUCGGGUCUGUUGUCGCUUGAUUCCCCAUUCCCGCGGAGAAGAGGCGUUGUUGAAUUUACCUCCCCAGGCUUUGGAAGCCAGUAUUUCCCCUUUCCACCACGCUCGUAUCGCAUACCUUCCUUGAGUCUUGCAAGACGAGACUUGGAGUCUUCAUGAGCCAUGACCUUGUCACCAGAAUCAAAGAUUCUGUAGCCGUACGUAUCUCCUCGGAAAGUCAACUUCGAAUCUUCGAUAAGAUCUCUCACUCCAAAAGCAUCUUUGAAAGCAUGGCGCAAGGGCAUGCGCGCGGAUAGAAUGCUGUUAUCAGCAAAGUCGUGCCAUGAGAAAGCGUACCAAUGGGCAACAGCAAAGAUAGGCAUUUCCACGCAAAUAAGAGCGUCCUGGAUAGCCGCUGCCAAGUUGUCGGAGGUGUAACCCUCAACAUUAUCAGGGAUUGCACCCAAGAAAACCAGAAUUGACAGAAAAAAGCCCUGCCAGUAAGAAGCAAAGAUGAUGAGCUUAAUACAUAGGAACUUGGGCACAGGCCUGAACGGCUUCAAGUCAUGAUUCAUGCAGACCCAGAAGAGACCAAGAGCAUAUAAACUGACGGUGACACUGAUGUUGUAAAUGAUGCCACUCCAAAGGUAUCCCGAGCUCAGACCAAUAUAGCCCUCUUGAUAUGUACCAGUCGCUUUCAUGAUGAUAGCAGAUAGAGCAAGAAUAGGCUUGAGCCAGGCAUACUGGAGAAUGCCGCGCUUGAUGGACAAAAACGUGUGGGGAUCCGAGAUGUCGACCUUGGGAAGAACGUGGUUGAGGGGCCAGAGGUGGUGUACUGGAGCUCGACCAUGUGUCAUAAUGAUGAGAGACCGCUCACCACCAAGGUAAUUGAUGAGGAGCUGGAAGAAAGUAUAUAUCGUGAAGGCUUCGUAGAUAUCGCGGACCGGAUCAAGAAACGCAGCGGCUUUCAACGAGACCAUGCUUGUCCAUGAUGCUAUCGAGUAUAUAGGAACCAUGAGAAGGAUUCUAACGACGUAUCUUUGUAGUAGGGGUUUACG